GUCUUCCCGAGGAGAACUGCCCCCUGUGAAAUUCCUGACUGCCAGGGUGAUUCCUGGUUACCACAGGCUGUCUCCAGCUGUACCUCGCCGCGAACUGUUUCUUUUUACAACCCGGAUAAAUGAUCAACUGCGGCCAUGAUAUGAUAUCUCCGCCGACAAAGGGUUUUAUUCCUCAAAAGACCAAACCUACCCCAAAAACAAGCUUUCUCCCUGCACAUGCCUCUUGUGACGUCACACAAGGCGUCUGGCAACAAGUGUUCCUCCUCGGUUGAUGCCUCCUCAGCGGGCGCCCGCAGGGUCGCUUCCAAGCCGGACCGCCAGCAGCUCGCCGCCUCAGUCAGCCUCCUGAGCGGGCCGAUCGAUCGCCUCGGAGCCUAACGAGACGAGCGCGCCGGGUACCGCUGCGUCCGCCGGGCGGUGGAGCGGAGCCGCCUCUGUGUUGCCUGGAGCCCGCCGGCCUCUGCAGACCCGCAUUGCCAUGGAUACGGAGUCCACCUAUUCUGGCUAUUCCCAUUACUCUGGGCGCUCCCGGGGAUCGCACAGGCAUGGGGAGCGAAGUCGGGACCGGCACAAGUCGCGUAGCAAAGACAGCCGCUCUGAAAAGUCUGUCACGAUUAACACGCCGCCCGCCGAGCCACUGCUGGGCGACUCUUCGGUGCGGGGCGAGCAGGUUCAGGAUGACAACUGGGGAGAGACCACCACAGCCGUCACAGGCACCUCAGAGCACAGCCUCUCCCAGGAGGACAUCGUUCGCAUCACCAAAGACCUCGAGGACAGCGUCGGGCUCGACUGCCGCCGAUACGUCACCCGGACCAUCGCCGUGAUCCUGGGCCUGUUGGUGUUCCUCACGCCGCUGGCCUUCCUCGUGUUGCCUCACAUCCUUUGGCCAGAGAAGCUGCAGAGCUGCGGGACGGCCUGCGAGGGCCUCUACAUCUCCGUGGCCUUCAAGCUGCUCAUCCUGCUGCUCGCCGUCUGGGCGCUCUUCUUCAGGCCGGCGCGGGCGGGUCUCCCGCGCGUCUUCGUUUUCCGGGUCCUACUCGCUGUGCUGGUGUUCCUCUUCGUCGUGUCCUACUGGCUCUUCUACAGUGUCCGGAUCCUCGACUCACAAGAUGACAACUACCAGGGCAUUGUACAGUACGCGGUGUCCCUGGUGGACGCUCUGCUCUUCAUCCACUACCUGGCCGUCGUCCUGCUGGAGCUCCGGCAGCUCCAGCCGUGCUUCUCCGUGUGCGUCACGCGCUCCAGCGACGGCGAGACGAGGCACUACAACCUCGGGCAGCUCAGUAUUCAGCGGGCAGCCCUGGCCAUCAUAGAGCACUACUACUGUGACUUCCCCAUCCAUAACCCAGCUCUGCUUUCUGCCUCCAAGUCCCGAGCUGCCAAGCACCUGGCCGGCCUCAAGGUCUACAACGUGGAUGGUGAGUUCCCAGCAGGCCCCGCUGAGGGUCCGGGGAACAACGCCGCCGCGGGCAUGGCCCAGUCCCAGUCCAGAGCCAUGAUCGCGGCCGCAGCCCGACGCCGCGACACCAGCCACAACGAGCUCUACUACGAGGAGGCCGAGCACGAGAGGCGGGUGCGCAAACGCAGGGCACGACUGGUGGUGGCAGUAGAGGAGGCCUUCACCCACAUCAAGCGCAUGCAGGAGGAGGAGCCGAAGAAGGCUCCGGGGGACGUGAUGGACCCCAGAGAGGCGGCUCAAGCGAUCUUCCCCUCCAUGGCCCGGGCCCUGCAGAAGUACCUGAGGACCACCAAGCAGCAGCACUGCCACAGCAUGGAGAGCAUCCAGCAGCACCUGGCCUUCUGCAUCACCAACAACAUGACGCCCAAGGCGUUCCUGGAGAGCUACCUGACGCCGGGGCCCACCCUGCAGUACGGCAAGGACCACUGGCUGGGCCGCCGGUGGACGCUGAUCAGCGAGGCGUCGGUCACCAACGGCCUGAAGGACGGCAGCGUCUUCGUGCUCAAGUGCGUGGACUUCAGCCUGGUGGUGACCGCCAAGAAGAUCCCCUACAUCCAGAUGUCAGAGGAGUACAUCGACCCCAAAUCUCACAAGUUUGUCCUGCGACUACAGUCUGAAACCUCGGUGUAGGACGCCAUGUUUUUUUUUUUUUUUGUUUUUUUUUAUUCCUCACCAUGUCACGUUGCUUUCAAAUGUUGCAAAUUAGGGUUUGAAGUUUUUAUAUGUACUUUUCUCCAUUUUUAAUAUAUAUAUAUAUAUAAAUAUAUAUAAAUGAAUUUAUAUAUCACACGUCUGAAAUUGAUAUUUUAAUGUUAAACUUGGUGAAAAGAAGAAUUGUUGCAGGAUUUUGCUCACGGGUUUGAUCGACCAAUUAGGUUGUGCACAACACUGUAUGUAUGAGUGUCAGCAUGCAGCCCCUUCUGAAAGUAUUUCACUUUUUCACGCGUUGCAGGCACAAACGUCUAUGCGUUUUACUGGGAUCUCAUGUGAGGAACCAAAUCAAAAGUGGCGCAUACUUCUAAAAUACAAAAAAAAUCAUCGAGAUGUUCACAUUGGUGUUAAAAACGAAUAGAAAAUGUUUGGAGAAGAUGGGUAAUCACCCCGUUUGGAUGUAAUACCCCAAAAUAAAGGGUCAGGGUGAACCGCAACCCUGAGUGGUUUCCUAGGGAACAUUAGUGAGGACACAGCAUCAUACAACCCAUAGGGCUAUACUGGGGUGACUUUGGCUCAGUGGUAGGUUGUAAUGUGGCAAUCAGAAGGUUGUGGGUUUGAUUCCAGCCUUUUCUCUGUCACAUCCGAUUAAGCAAACACAGAAUGAUACUUUUUAGUCACACAGUUUGCAUCUAACUGAGAUCAAAUUUGAACUUCUGGGUCUAUGCGGAAAACCAACUUUUAUUUUUUUUUUUAAGGGGAGUCAACGUAAAGAGAGCUAAACAUAGACACACGCCACACUUUUCAGAUUUUUACCUGUAAAAACAAAUAAUUUUCCUUCCUCUUUACCAUCAUGCGCUACUCCAUGUUAGUCCAUCACAUGGAAUCCCACCUCACGCAGAAGUUUGUGCCAGAAUGUGAGAAAAGUUGGAGGCGUCGAAGCUUUCGAGAGGGGCUGCAUGCGCGCGUGUCGUUUUCGUGCCGGCACGGUCACCUGUGUGAUGUUACGUUUGAGAAGCUAAAGCCAAACAAAGACCGGAGUAAAGGCUCGUUUGGCUUCAAUCAUGGGUUUCCCACCAGUGGGUCAGAUGGGAAGUCCCCAGCCUCCGCUGUAGUCUCCACGCCGACAGAGAGGAGUGUGUGGGAGUUUUUUUUUUUUUGAACGGCUACAAGCUGGACGUUAAAUGGAUUUUAUGAGUGGAAACCGGUUUAAAAGAAAAACUUUCAGAUUUUACGUUAAUCAACGAAACCACACGUGCUGCAAGAUGGUUCUCCAGGAGCGUUGGAGCCGGGAACAACAACAUCAUCAUCAGCAGCAGCAGCAGCAGGCCAAGUAAGCUCCAGACUGAAAGCAGCAUGGGCUGGAUAAUAAGAGAUGCCUGGAUAUGGACACGUGCCCAAAGACAUUAACUCUCCAAGGGUUCAGUAAUCCUCUCAGGGCUUUUGUGUCUGCCGCAUCUGCCUGACAUGACGAGACAGAGCUGUGAGUUCUGAAAUAAAAAAAAACUACUGAGUUCUCCAGAA